GGCUCGUCGUCGUCCGGACAGAAGAGGAAGGCCGCCAUGGACGACGACGGCAGCGGCGAGGACGACAACUGGCUGAAACUGUCGCUUGCUCCGGUGGUCUACGGGGAUACCACGGGCGGCGUCAACGACGACGACGACUCUUCUCGCGCUCCGACAGUGAUGACGUCCACCGAGGAGCGGCCGGCGACGGCUGCCUGUGUGGCCUCCCGAUCUUUGAUCCCCAACGGUGCAGUCCCGGUAUUCCCAUGCUUCAAUUUCCUUGGAACUUCAACGUCAUCAUCAAGCCUAUCACACCUCCAUCAACAAUCUUCCUCGACUCUACGUCAAAGCAAUGUGUCCAUGGCAAGCUCUAGCGGCAUCGGCGGUGGUGACGACAACGAGGCACUUGGCAACAUCGUCGCACCGAACGUCCCGAACGGUGGCGGCAACGACAACAACGGUGGUAAUGCUCCUCCAGAUCCACCAUAUCCUUGGGCUACCAAUGAAGCAGCCAAACACCACUCUCUCGCCGAGCUCACUCGCCGUGACAUCAAAACCAUCCGAGGCGAGGCUCGGUGCAGGCGCUGCGACACACACAAGGCGCGGUGGAUGAACCCCGUCGUGCCGAACUGCGACAAUUGCGGCCAUGAGAAAUGCAUGCGUCCAGUGAUAGCCGCCGAGAAGGAGCGUAUCAACUGGUUGUUCCUACUGCUUGGGGAGACACUAGGUUUGCGCAUGCUUGAUCAGCUCAAGUAUUUUUGCGCGCACACCAAUCGGCAUCGCACCGGCGCCAAGGAUAGGGUGCUCUUCUCUACCUACGAAGAGCUAUGCAACCAGCUUGCUCCUGGGCUAAUCACGUGCCAUGAUCAGUCAAGGAUGUGCUAG